UAUAUGCAAGUGACAAUAGAGGAUGUGCAGGUGAAUUCUGGGGAGCAUGCCAAAUUUCAGGCAGUCAUUGAAGGAACCCCUCAGCCUACCGUUUUGUGGUUUAAGGGCACUUCAUUGCUCACAGACAGCAACAGGGUCCAUCAAGGGAAGGACGGAACAACAUAUUUCUUAGUUGUGGACAAUGCUGUCUCAGAAGAUGGUGGUGUUUAUACCUGUGUUGCCAAAAAUGCAGGAGGGGAGGUUUUAUGCAAAGCAGAGCUUAUCGUACAUGAAGGUAAUAAAGACCAAGCAGCAAAGAAAGUGGCCACCAGGAGAAAGCUCCAUUCCCUUUAUGAGGUUAAGCAAGAGAUUGGAAGGGGCUGCUUCAGCUUUGUGAAACGUGUUGUACACAAAGGGAACAGAGUGUCUUGUGCUGCCAAAUUCAUACCUCUACGAAGCAAAACAAAGGCUCGAGCGCAUCAAGAGAGGGAUAUCCUUGCCUCUCUGUCCCACGACAGAAUUACCAGGCUCCUGGAUCAGUUUGAAACGCGGAAAACACUGAUUUUGAUUCUGGAAUUAUGCUCCAGUGAAGAGCUCCUUGACCGUUUAUUCAAGAAGAGUGUUGUCACCGAAGCAGAGGUCAAAUUGUAUAUCAAGCAAAUUUUGGAAGGAAUCAAAUAUCUUCAUGACAACAACAUCCUUCAUUUGGACAUUAAGCCGCUGAAUAUCCUCAUGGUUUAUCCUGAAAGGGAAGACCUUAAGCUCUGUGACUUCGGAUUUGCUCAGAAGAUCACACCCUUUGAGCCUCAGUUCAGCAAAUACGGGUCUCCAGAGUUUGUUGCCCCAGAAAUUGUUUCUCAGUCACCAGUGUCAAAAGCGACCGAUAUCUGGGCUGUUGGAGUCAUCACGUAUUUAAGCCUAACAUGCAAGUCUCCAUUUGCUGGGGAGAACGACAGAGGAACCCUUCUAAAUAUCCAGAAAGGGGAAAUUUCAUGGACCAUUCCUGAUUUUGUUCACUUGAGUGAAGAUGCAAAGGACUUUAUGAAAGGGAUCCUACAGCAGCACCCCACAGCCAGGCCUAGUGCUUUGGACUGUCUUUCCCACAAGUGGUUCAUGCAUAAUGUCCCUCUCGAAGCAGCUCAUUUCAUUAAUACAAAACAGCUCAAAUUCAUUGUGGCUCGGAGCAAGUGGCAGCAGUCUCUGAUGUGCUAUAAAUCCAUACUGGUAAUGCGGUCUAUCCCAGAAAUCCUAGAAAGGACUCAUGACAACACCUCCCUGGCCAUCUCCCGACAUCUUAUUGAAGAAAGCACUUCGUCCAGUACCAGCGGCUCCUCUUCAGACAAUGAGAACUCGCAUUUCCCCAAGAAGAGGCACUUUGGCUCUACACCCGAACUGCACUUGUCCAUAUUUGAUGCACCAAGCCAUCAGGAGACUCCAAAACAUGCAAGUGAAGAGAAGCACUCCAAAAUUUCCAUCCCUCCAGUAAAACCCAUGAGGAGGAAGUAUGCUUCAAUGAAAGCUGAGGACAAAAUUGAAAAGGCUGGGGAUGGGACAGAAAAGCCACCUGUCUGUGUUCCUAGACAGAGUGUCAUUAAAAGCACUUUCUACAGCCAAGCAGCUGAGCUACCUGCAAGGGGACCUUCCUCACCAGGCAGGGAGUUCAGAAGGCACCUGGAGAGAGCCAGAAGGACUUUCCGGAAAGCUGGAUAUUCGAAGGUGCCCCUCAGUGGUCUCCGUGAACCCCUUCUAGAGCAGUUCGAACUGGAAGAAGAAGAAGGAAAGUCUGACGAUGGAGAUGAUCACAGGGAAAGUCUGCUUGGUUCCUUGACCAAAUCAGCUUCAUUUGACACUGCAAGGAAACCACCACAUCCUGCCAUUGCUGGUGCUAGCCGAAGCCGUUCCCUGGAUGACUACAGGCUAAGAGCCUCAAGAUCAGUGAGGGAACAACAUAUUUUGGAAGAAGACUCUGAUAUAUUGUCACAGGAAAGUUGCCCUGAAGGCAGUGACCACUGUGACAUUUCUGCAGGGCCUGGCAAGGAAUGUUCUGUAGACACUUCAAAGCAAGAGGACUUUAGGAGAGCCAGCAAGGAUUGUUCAGAAGAGCAGCCCCCUCCUUCCACACAGUGUGAGGGUAAUGGGUGCCAGGCUGGUUUUGUGCAACAGCUAGAGAGACUUCCAGUGUCACCUCACAGGAGUGAGAAUAAGAAGCUGAAGAAGUCAAAAGCUACUUACAUUGAGGGGGAAGUUGAAGACUUGGAAGGCAAAAGCCCCAUUCUAACUGCCCAGUGCUCAGAUGUAACUACACCACCAGUUCAAAUACAUGAAAGCAUGGAGGGUAAAGCUUCCCCUGGCAGUGCCUCUGGCACUGCUUUUCAGGAGGACAAACAGUCCAUUUCAACUCUCACACAGUCAGAGACCACCUCCAAGUCAGCCCCUACAAGUAAGGGAGGCAUGUACCUGCCCCAGGAGUCCGCUCACAGUACCGACAUCCAUCCGGACCUAAAAGGUGGAAGCUUGCUUAUCAAAAGGACAGCCCCAGUUCCACCUUGGGAAGAGAAAAGGCAGAAACAUUCACAUGAGAAGACUUCUGCCCAUAGUGUGGCCAAAUCUGAUCUCAUGGAGCAUGAAAGUUCUGCUGUUUUAACAGGCCCACAAACAGAAAACGAUUCACUUCCAGUAUGUAAGGACAAAAGUCAGGAACUUCCUGGUCAAAGUGUUCCAGCAACUACUGUCUUGGUGGGCAAACGGCCAGGUACCCUAACUGCUCUGCACACAGCUGAUGAAGGUGCUCAUCAGAAGCAGAAGACUUAUAAAGAGGUGAGAUCUGCCCUCCUGGAGGAUGAAGGACUGGGUAUUACAGGAAUCGCUCCAUCAUCAGCCCAUGAUGGUGAAAGCCAAGCGCACAAACGGGCUUCUGUUCACGUAGACACAGUAUCAGCCGUUCUGAAGGGAGAGCAUCUCGUUGUUCCAAAAGUCCCACCACCAAAAUCAAUGCCGACUUCAGUCUCCAAUGGAGCACAGCAGGUUGAAAGGGAACGGCCAGCUCAUAGCAAGGAGAGGCUUGCUGCUCUGAGGAGUGACAGCUCAGCUGUCGCAGAGGUUGUUCCCAGUUUGGCCCAUGAGGCUGAAAUCAAGGGAGCUGAACCCCAGAAGGUUUCCAAAGGUAGUGGCAUGGUGCCUGCUGUUCUGGAGAGCAGACACCCAGCUAGAACUGUGUCCUCCCAAAAUACUGGCCUCCCUUCGGUCUGUGAGAGUGAAAAGCAAGAACAUCCAAAGGCAUCACUUCGCAGUGAGGUGAGAUCUGUUGUGACAGCAAGUGGAAGCCGAGCAGCUGGACAGACUAUGCCUGCUCCUUUCCCUAAGGCUGGACAUCAGGUGUUUGAGCAGCACAGGGCUGCCUAUCCCAGUGGCAGAGUUUCUGCUGAUCUGGAGGGUGGACCUCCAGGUGUCUUAACUGCUUCACAACCAAAAGUUGCUCCAGCUUCAGUCUAUGAGCUAGAAUAUGAGGAACAUCCAAAGGUUUAUGGUGAGGGUAGAGGCAUUGCCUUAGAAAGUGGAAGCUGUGAUGCUGGAAAAACUGUCCCACCGUUGCUCCAUAGGGAUCAAAGUCAGGAGGUCUCACAGCACAGGUCUUCUUUUUACAGCGAUGAGGAGUCUGCUGUGCUGGAGGGCUUAGUGGAUGAGAUGGUUUCCCUCUCUGAAGAGAUGAAUGUUUGGGCAGAGUCAGUUUCUGGUGAGGAGGAACACAGAAAGCACAUCUCUCCUCCCACAGAGAUGUUCUACAAAGGCCCAGGUAGCCAAGCACCCAUGGACACCUCCCCUUCUGUACAAGAGGGUAAAAGAGGAGAAGUGUCUGAGCUGGAUGACCUUGCAGAACCCUGUCUUGUUGUGAGCAAGGAGUCAGUGGUACUGGAAGGGCAGGGAGCAAAGACAGUUCCUCAUGAAUGUGAGCAUCUGGAGGACUUAGCGUUUGAGACCCCCACUUCUAGCCAAGUGAGCGUUUCCUCAACAGAUAGCUUGGACGCUGGAAAAAGACCCAGUCAAGUGUCAGUGAGCAAGGACACCAGUAAACACCCAGAAGUUUCUUUAGUGAAAAUCAAAGACCUGUCAGAUGAAAUGCCCAGUCAUGGCAGUGGAACUCCAAAACUUGACAUAUCAGAGGUAGAGCCUGCCUAUUUGAAUUUCUCUGACUUGUAUGACAUUGUCUAUUUUCCAUUUGAAUUUAUGAACUACAGGAAGCCUCCACCCAAACCAACUGGUAGACGGUUUAUGCCUUUUGGUGAAAGGGCAAGAUCACCUCCUGCAGGACAUUUGCAUAAGGAUAAAAGACUGUGCCUCAGAGAAGAGGCAGAGGACAAGAACAGGAAGAACCAUUUAGAAAUAUCUGAGGAUUCAAAGGCAGCUAACUUAUUAGCCAUGGGGAAAGGGUCAGAGAGUCAUAAAGAAAUGUAUGGCCCCCAAAAGGAGUCAAGUGGUAAGCAGAAAAGCUCCUUCUACAACAAGCCAGGACUCUUUAAGCCAUAUGCAAGGUCUCAUUCAGUGGAGCAGUCAGUGGAGCAGAGUCUGAAGAAGAAAGUUAAAGCUUCUGUUGCCCAUAUUUCAAGAAUCCUAAAAGGAAAGACAUCUCCCGAGCCAGAGGCAGAGGAAGGGUUUGGUGAGCUGGGAAGUGAGGCAGUAGAAAAAGAGCUGCUAACAGGGGCUGAAGGAUCCCUGAAGAGGAAAUCAGCACUCUCUUCAUUCAAGUUAUCAAGCCUCAUGCCAAAGGAGAAAGCACCUUCAUUCACUGAGGAGCUCAUCGAUCAGGCUGCUGCUGUCGGACAGUGCGUGACGCUGUCGUGCCGGACGGCAGCUCUCUCCUCCCUGCGCAUCAACUGGUUCAGAGAUGGGAUACCUGUCCGCAGCAGCAGCCGGAUCCUCAUCUCAGCCACGCUCAAAAACUUCCAGCUGUUAACUAUUCUCUCUGUUAGUGCUGAUGAUUUCGGUAUUUACACCUGUGUGGCCACAAACUCCCUGGGCUCAGCAUCCACCUCUUGCAUCAUAAGAAAAGCAGAGGUUCCUCCCAGCCCUCCACCUCCUGACAUCGUGGAGGUCUACGAGGAUGGAGUGCAAGUGGUCUGGAAACCUGUGGAAACCAACACCCCCGUCCAUUACACUGUCCAGUGUAAGACUGAAGACGGGGAGUGGAUGACUCUUGCUUCUGACAUCGCUGACUGCUGCUACUAUGCCAAAAAUCUCUCCAAGGGGUUUAUCUACUGCUUCAG